ACUUAACAGAGAAUAUAAGACAAUUAAAAGCCGAUAAAGAACAAUUAGAAACGGAAAACUCCCAAUUGAAGUUAGAAUUAGGACUGCUUAAAGGAACAGAAUUAUCGACUCUUGCGACCAAAUUAGCCAAAGUUAGGGGCAAAUCCAAGGCCCGGAAGGCCCAACUUGGAGAUUUAGAUUCUAAACUAAAACAAACAGAGUUAACUAUCCUUAGUUUAGGAAGGGAUAAUGAACACCUGAUAGAAGUCAAAAAAUCCUUAGAAACAAAAGUAAAUGAAUUGACUAAGCAAGAAGAAUGUCUAGAAGCCGACAAAUUAGAACUGGAGGCCAAAUUAGAGACGGCCGAAAAACAAAUUAGCGAACUAACCGAAGUUAAAUCAGAACUAGAAACUAAACUUGACCAGGAAAAAGACCACUUGAACGAUUUAAAUUCAGACGAGGAGACCAAACAAGAAACUAUUAAACAACAAUUAACCAAAAUAGAGGAAUUGGAGAAGCAGAAAAAAAUAAUUGAAGGCACCCUGGAAAAAACUAGUCAAGAAAGCCAAACUCUCCAAAAACAAUUAGACGAAAAAACUAGAGAAUUAAAAGAAGUAAAAGACAAAUUAGCACAAAAGGAAGCAGAAAUUAAAAAAAUAAAAGAGGGAGAAUUGGCCGAUUUGGAAAACAAGAUUGAGAUUUUAAGAAGUGAAGAACUUAAUGAGACUGAAAAGAAACAUUGUUGCGAUUUUUUUAACAACACCCGCCAAGUAAUAAUUGAAAGAAAUAGCCUCAAACAAGAAUUAUCCUCUUCUCCCACUAGUAUCGAAAAAUUAGAAAAAACAAUUGCCGAAUUCAAAACCCAAUGUGAAGAAACUAAUCAAUUGUUAGAAAUUGCUAACAAUGAGAAGUCUAUUCUGGAAAAUCAGCAAGCAGAAUUUAAGAAAAAUAUGGGGGAUUUAACUGAUAAAAUUGUCGGUCUAGAAAAAUUGUUGGAGGAUAAAAAUGCUUAUCUAAAUAAGUUAGAAAAUAAGGACACUCAACAAAAAUCUAUUAAAGAUUUAGAGGAUAAAGUAAAUAAAUUGGAUAGUGGUCAGUUCACUGAGGAGGAAAAGAAAGUAGCAAGCAAAAUGAAAGAAUUGAUUAUUAAAUUAGGAACUUUUAACCAGACCGAUUUUACCCCUUCUUUAAAUUUAUUGAAAUCAGAAAAACAAUUAAUCAAUUAUCCUAAUUUGACUGAUCUUCCUUUUCAAUUAAGAAAUUUGGGUGAAACUAUUGACUGUCAGAUUAGUAAUUUCAAUAAAGAAAAAAAACAUUUAGAAAAUAUUAUUGCUAAAAAAGAUGCUGAAAUAAAAACUAAUACUAGCAACCGACAAGCAGAAAAGAGUAAAUUAAAUGGGCAAAUUAGCACGCUUAAUUCACAAGUAAGCAAUUUGAGGAGUGAGGCUAAUCGGGCGAGUGGUUUACAAAGUCAGGUUUAUUCUCUCCAAUCCCAAUUAAGUUCCCUAAGAAGUAAGAGUGUGGAUAAUCAAACACAGUGCGAAAUAGAUAUUGUAAAAAGAUUUACGAUAAUCGAAAGUGAUAGAGGUAAUUAUUACAGAAAGUUUUUGUUGUUUAACGGUCAUGCUGCUUUUGAUAUUGGCGACCGUAAUUAUUCUGCUAAUCUUAACAAGGUCAAUGUUGAAUUUUCGAGAAAAAAAGCAAUAAUUCUAAAACAUUUAGAAGAACAUUCCAUAGAUAAUCGAAAUAAAAAAAACGGAAUAAGUUCUGAUCUUAUCAAUGCAAAAAGAGAGGAAUUGAAAAAUUUAAACAUCGAACCGGUAUCAGUGGCCAAAUUUUUUUACGAAAAAGGAGCCAAAAAUAUUGCUCUUAUUCAAAGAUUAAUCUACUUGGCUUUUUUGAAAGUCCUCCAAGAAAAGAAUAUUUUACUUUUUGCCGAAGAAUGA